ACUGAUUAAUUGGGAAGUUAUAAUUUAUGACUCUUAGCUGCUACUAACAAUACUAACAUUUUAGAAUAAGUUAUCAUCUAUAACUUUCUAUUCCGGUCAAAACACGGACGAAUUAAUUAAGUUGAGGACCGUCGAAGUGGAAACUAGACUGCUCGGUGGCUGGGUAAACUGUCCAAUAACAGAAUGUUGCAACAGUGUUGUAAGGCUGGAACUGAAAGGCCUCGACAACUCGGUCCGCGUCCGACAAAUCAGAGUGCUGGGAAACAUCGAGGGUGAAUCCCUCAAAGUGGGCAAACAGCACACCGCGAGUACUUUGCAAAGGAAGAACUGCGAAGCGGAGACGCUGAGAGUUUUCCGACUGAUUACGUCACAGGUGUUCGGAAAACUGUUGCAGGGGGAGGAUGGACAAACGACGAGUCAAGAGAUGGGCACUAUGUCACUGAGUGAUAACGGUGACCCUAAUGAGGAAAGCAUCGAUCUAAGAGAGCAUAUGGUUGGGAUACUAUUCAGUAGGAGCAAGUUAACUCAUCUACAGAAGCAGGUGAUCGUGCACGUAGUGCAGGCCAUACGCCGAGAAACAGAGCGAGUACACGACGAAUGGGAAGCCAGUUUGUCUACUUCUUCAGGCUACUCUGCGAGCAGUCCAGACGGAGCCAAGAAUUCUGAUACGUACUGUUUUGAGAUGCUCUCCAUGGUGCUAGCGUUAUCCGGUAGUUCUAUGGGAAGAGCCUAUCUUUCACACCAGUGCGGUCUUUUGGCCGAUUUGCUUACACUGUUACAUACCGGAAGCGCCAGGGUACAGAGGCAGGUCACUUCCUUGUUGAGAAGAAUACUUCCAGAAAUCAGUCCAGAAAUAUUUUGUAAGGUUCUUGGAAUACGGAAGCUUCCUGCGAGGGACUUUAGCAUUGUUUCUGCUCCUAGCAAAGAUUCGUCUGGACAUUUCGAUGUCGAUCAGGUGGGCGUGCUAGACGUCUUCCUGAGCGUCAUAGCGAAAUCCCUGACCCUUCAAGUUAAGGUACGCAGUAAAUCUUGUGGCAGCGGAGCAGCGAGCAAAGAGAUCAACACUGUCACUCUGGCAACGUCAAUGCAGCCCAAAGAUAUAGCGAAUGCUAGAUGGUGGAUGAGAGGUCAUGUCAGCAAGAAGCUCGCUGAGGUUAUCGUCAAUCUUAUUAAAGAUAUGACAGCGGGAAAGUUAUCGGAAGCGUGGGCUAACGUAACUAAGAGCGCAAUAGCGGAGAAUAUACUGAAUCUAACCUAUCUCUCUGAAGAACAGAAACUGCCGUCAAACUGUCUUAGAACUCCGACUUUAUGGCUAGCUCUGGCUUCGCUGUGCGUCUUGAACGAGGAGCACGUUGAAAGGCUGUCAUCAGGUCAGUGGAAGCAGGCGGAAGGUCAACCUGUCCCUCCAAGGCCCACUUGCGGCAAUCACGAUGAUGGCGAAACUAUCGCAGUGAUACAGUGCACACAUUGCGGUAAUUUAUGUGCAGAUUGCGAUAGAUAUCUACAUCUGCAUCGAAAAGCUAGAAAUCAUCAAAGACAGGUAUGCAAAGAGGAGGAGGAAGCCAUAAAAGUGGAGCUACACGAAGGUUGUGGCAGAACGAAGCUGUUUUGGUUGUUGGCGCUGGCGGAUCCUAGGACUUUGAAAGCGUUGAUUGAGUUUAGAGAAGGAGGAACUCGUACGAAAGGAGUCGGGAUGAGCGGCGUAUGCAGGUUUUGUGGAACGACAGGCAACUCGGGACUUCUUGCCAUAGGAAAUGUUUGCGCAGACCACGAAUGUCAGGAAUACGGAAGAACUGCGUGUUCAAAAAUCCUCAACUGCGGUCACAUGUGCGGAGGAGUGUUAGGUGAAUCAAAAUGUCUGCCUUGUUUACAUGGCUGCUCAGGUGACAGCUCGCUGCGACAAGAUGCUGAUGACAUGUGCAUGGUAUGCUUCACGGAAGCACUUUCGUGCGCUCCCGCCAUUCAGCUCGGGUGUGGGCAUGUAUUCCACUUGCACUGUUGCAAAGCGGUGUUGGUUAAACGAUGGCCAGGACCAAGGAUUACGUUUUCGUUCGUGCUUUGUCCCAUUUGCAAGGAAGAGAUGAAGCAUGACGAGUUGCAAGAUCUCCUGGCGCCGAUCAGAGAAUUGCAACGAGAUGUAAGGAGAAAAGCUUUGAUGCGGUUAGAGUACGAAGGUUUGCAUACGGCUGAAGCUGUGGUAACGCCUGGUGCUCGGUUUUAUAACGAUCCCGCUUCUUACGCGAUGGAUAGAUACGCUUACUAUGUGUGCUUCAAGUGCAAGAAGGCGUAUUAUGGCGGAGAGGCGCGUUGCGACGCGGAACUCGGAGAACAGUACGACCCGCGCGAGUUAGUAUGCGGCGCCUGUUCAGACGUAGCCCGCGCACAGAUGUGCCCCAAACACGGUACCGACUUCCUGGAGUACAAAUGCCGGUACUGCUGCUCGGUGGCCGUCUUCUUCUGCUUCGGCACCACGCACUUUUGCAACGCUUGUCACGACGAUUUCCAAAGAGUCACCAAUAUGCCCAAGAACGAACUGCCUUCGUGUCCCGCUGGUCCAAAAGCAAAACAGCUGGAUGGCGAAGAGUGCCCCCUACACGUGAAACAUCCCCAAACGGGAGAAGAAUUUGCUUUAGGCUGUGGGGUGUGUAGGAAUGCGCACACCUUUUAAUGAUUCUAGUCAUAUUUAUAAUCCAGUUCGCUUUAAGUACUCUAAGCUUUAAGCAUAUAUUUAUCAAAUUUAUAUUCUGAUAUGUGUAUUCAACUUCGUAGCCAUGGUGCGGUAAUAUAUUUAUGAUGCAAUA